UUUCAAUAUUACUUCAAUAUAUUAGAAAUAUAGAAAUUUAUUUUAUUACUAUUAGAUUAGCAAUUAUGAUAGCGCAAAUAUAUUAAUAAUAAACAAAAAUGAUAAUAAAAUAAUUUCUAAAUUUAUUUUAUUAUAAUUAUUAUUGUAAUUUAUUUUCUUAUAAAUGUAAAUAAUUUUUUCCUAUGAAGAGUGUAAUUAUAUUCAAAAAUAUUCUUAAAUAUUAAUGAUUAUAAUGCAAUAAAUUAAUAUAUGUAAACAUAACUAUUCCAUUAUGGAAUUACAUUUAAUUUAUUAGCAAAAAUGUAACUUAUAAAUUUUACUUAAUACUUUGUUACAAAAUUAUUGAAGAAUUUGUUACUAAAUUAUCCAAAAAAAUUUUUGAAUAAUACGUUAAGAAGAUUUCCAAAAGGAAAUAUUAGAAUUAUUAUUAUCGUAUUCUUUCUCGUUACCAUGGAGUCAUAAAAUAAUUGAUUUAACAAAAAAUAUCAUUGCGUACUGUUCCUUAAAGUGACGUGCAAAUUGUUCGUGUAUAAUCAUAAGUAGAAGCUAAUUGAUAAAAAUGCAAGCUAAAAAAAGAAAGGUCAAAACUAAAAAAAUAAAGAGAAAAUAUUUGGAUGAAAAAGAAACUUUGUCUUAUGAACAAGAAAUUUUGGAUAACAACAGACAAUUAGCACGAUUAAGAACUGAGAAUGAAAAACUGGAAGAAGAAGCAACGCGCAUAAAAGAAAAAUUCCAACAAUUAGAAGAAGAUCGUUCAGAUAUUAUAGCAUAUUUGAAGAGAAGUUUAGAAAACAGAAUCGAAGAAUCGAAGGAACUUUCUGAGAAGGUUGCUGUUUUGGAAGAAUUGCGAAAAGAUGAAUUAGCUGCGUUUAAGAAAAAGGAAGAUGCAAUGCAACUGGAAUAUAAGACAAUGGAAAAUAAUUUAAACGCAGAAGUUAAAUUAGCUGCUGGUAAAUUAAAUGCAUUAGAAGAUUGGCGAAUAGCUCGACUUGAUUUGAUGAACAAAUUUGAGAAACAAGAGAAGGAGAUGGCUGAACAAGAAAUGCGUCAUAAAGAGGAACUUUAUGAAGCCGAAAAAUCUAUAGUUACCAAAAAAGACAUGAUGCAAAAAGAGAUGAAGGAACAGUUGCAAAUUUUAUCGGAAAGACUUCUGAAAGCGAUUACACUACGAAUAACAGAAAUCAUCAAUCGUACGAUUCGUGAAAAUGUAGCAUUGAAUCGCGAUCUAGAUAAACUGCUGGAAACAAAUAAGAAACUCGAAAAUAUUAACAUCGAACACAAAAAAGUAGAACAGAUAUUAAAGUUGAAAUGGCAAGUAUAUGAAAAGAAAGCGGAAAUUACACAAAAUAAAAUAGUAGAACAAAGAAAUGAAAUGCAUAAAAUUGUUGAGAAUUUUGAAUCUCUCCUAAUAUAUUAUGGAAAUGCAGAAAGAAGUAAUGUUCGUCUUAAACGAUUAGAAGAUAUUUUGGAAGAUAAGAUUAAAGAAAAUAAUAUGUUAGAGAAGAAAAUAAAGAAAUGUGAAAAGAAUAUCAUGAAAGCUAAAGAUGAAAGUGAACGAUUAACGAAAUUAACUAUAAAAAGAGAGAAAGAGUUGAGAUCUUUGAAAAUUGUUUUAAAUAAAGCUACUGCUUUUCUUAACAAGGCAAUAGAGAUUGUAGAAGAAGUGUAUAGUAACAAUAAAUGUCUUGGACCGCUAGCAUCAGAAAUGCUUCAUUCUCUUAUGGAAAUAUUGCAAACUGAUACUAUUAUCAAUAUUGUAGAUUACACGCCUUCUCAGAUUGAUAAAUUCGAAUGUACGUACUUAUUGGGAUCUUUGGGUCUUAUUGAACCCGUUAUAUCCAGUAUACCUGUUAAAAAAGAAGAAGAAGAAGAAGAAGAAGAAAAGAGUAUUCACAUACCGGAAGAAGAAGAACCAUUUAAACCAUUUAAAGGAUUAGAACAAAUAGAAACAUUAAGUGACAUCAGUUCUACUAUUUCCUCUCCCAAAGAAGAUUAAUUUUUAAUUGUAAAUUUUGAUAUAUUAUUAUAUUAUAAUUUUAAAUUAUAUAGAAGUUGUAUUUAUAGAAAAUGGUUAACAUUUUAUUUUUUUAAAAUCUUAUAUUUAUAUUUACAAUAUUUUAUGUUAAAAUAAUCUUAUUAUUUUUUUCAUGUAAUAAUAUAUAUACAAUAUAUAUAAUAAUAAAUAUAUACAAUUAAAUAUAA